AAGUGAGAAAUUUGGCGGGAAAUUUAUUAAUUCAACGCCGCCUGGUGUCCUUGUUUUAUGUGGUUAUAUAUGUCAUAAGUACAUGUGUAUUCGUAUAUCUCAUAUACAUUCAUAUUUUAAAUAAAUGACGAUAUUUUUACCAUUAUUUAUUAAAUAAUAAUAAGCAAAACUCUAAACUCUACUUACUCUCAAUUUUCAUUUUUUAUAUUUUGUGAAUUAAACAUUAUGAAUCAAAAUAGCUCUCCUCCCAGAUCCGAUAGAAAUAUGGAUGCAAUGACAUCCCCUGCACCUGAUAUAGAUGAACCUUUUGAAGAUGAAAGUGAAUUACUUAAUGAAGAUAAUGACGUUAAUAAUGAAGAAGAAGGAGAAGAAUUAUUUGGAGAUAACAUGGAGGCUGAUUACCGUCCCAUGCCAGCACUUGAUAGAUAUGAUCCUGCCAUGCUCGAUGAUGAUGACUAUUCUGAAUUAUCUCAAGGAGAACGUAUAGCAGCUGAAAUAGAAAUGCGAAAGAGAGAUCGCGCAGCUGGAAUUAUAAGAGAUGAUAGAGAUUUACUUUAUGAUGAUACCGAUGAAGAUGAAACACAAACUCACAAGCGACGCAUGGCUGAAAAGGCUGCUACUGGUGAAAUUGAUGACAUAGAGAUGAUAGAAUCCAUAGAAAACUUAGAAGAUACAAAAGGCCAUUCUAUCAAAGAAUGGGUCACAAUGUUAGGACCAAGAACAGAGAUCUCCAAUCGUUUUAAGAGUUUUUUACGUACUCACACAAAUUCGAAAGGACAAUAUAUGUACAAAGAACGUAUUCGUCACAUGUGUGAAAGCAAUCAGUCCAGCUUUAUUGUGGAAUUCCCCAUUCUUGCAAGUAAAGAACAUGUUUUAGCUUAUUUUUUGCCAGAAGCUCCAUUUCAAAUGUUACAAAUAUUUGAUGAAGUAGCCAAGGAAUUGGUAUUAACUAUUUUUCCUAGUUAUGAAAGAGUUACAAGUGAAAUUCAUGUUAGAAUAUCAGAACUUCCAUUAAUAGAAGAAUUACGUACAUUUAGGAAGCUACACCUUAAUCAAUUAGUUCGAACUCUUGGUGUUGUAACUGCUACAACAGGAGUGCUUCCGCAAUUAUCUGUCGUUAAAUAUGAUUGUUCUAAGUGUGGAUAUGUUCUUGGUCCUUUUGUACAAUCUCAAAACUCAGAAGUUAAACCAAGUUCAUGUCCAGAAUGUCAAAGCUUUGGUCCUUUCAUGAUUAAUAUGGAACAAACAAUAUACAGAAAUUAUCAAAGAAUAACAAUUCAAGAAUCUCCAGGUAGAGUACCUGCAGGCAGAAUACCAAGAAGUAAAGAUUGUAUUUUAUUAUCUGAUAUUUGUGAUCGAUGUAAACCAGGAGAUGAGAUAGAUCUUACUGCAAUAUAUACUAAUAAUUAUGAUGGUUCUUUAAAUACAGAACAAGGCUUUCCAGUGUUUUCUACAGUAUUAUUGGCUAAUUACUUAUUUGUGAAGGAUUCUAAAGAAAUUGUAGAAUCUCUAACUGAAGAAGAUAUUGCUAGUAUUCUUGCUUUGAGUAAAGAUCAUCGUGUUGCUGAUCGAAUUGUUGCAAGUAUUGCUCCUUCCAUAUAUGGACAUGAAUAUAUUAAACGAGCACUCGCAUUAACCAUUUUUGGAGGAGAAGCAAAAAAUCCUGGUAAUAAACACAAAGUAAGAGGAGAUAUAAAUGUCCUAAUCUGUGGUGAUCCAGGAACAGCUAAAUCUCAAUUUUUAAAAUACAUUGAAAAAAUAGCACCGAGAGCAAUUUUCACAACAGGUCAAGGGGCUUCUGCUGUAGGUUUAACCGCAUAUGUACGUAGAUCACCUACUACACGAGAAUGGACAUUAGAAGCUGGUGCUUUAGUUUUAGCAGACCAUGGUGUUUGUCUAAUUGAUGAAUUUGAUAAGAUGAAUGAUCAAGAUAGAACAUCUAUACAUGAAGCUAUGGAACAACAAAGUAUCUCUAUUUCAAAAGCAGGGAUCGUUACAUCAUUGCAUGCUAGAUGUUCAGUAAUAGCUGCAUCCAAUCCAAUUGGAGGCAGAUAUGAUGCUAGUAUGACCUUUUCAGAAAAUGUAGAUUUAUCAGAACCAAUUAUUUCCCGAUUUGAUGUACUGUGUAUAGUUAAGGAUGAAGUGGAUCCUAUGCAAGAUAGACAUUUGGCUAAAUUUGUAGUAAAUUCACAUAUUAAACAUCACCCAACUAAUUCAGAAAAAACAGUACCAACAGAAUCAGUGGAGACAACACAAAAUCUUCCUAUUCCUCAAGAUCUUCUUAGAAAGUAUAUUGUUUAUGCAAAACAAAACGUUCAUCCUAAAUUAACUAAUAUUGAUCAAGAUAAAAUAGCUAAAUUAUAUAGUCGUUUAAGACAAGAAAGUUUGGCUACAGGAAGUUUACCUAUAACAGUACGACACAUUGAAAGCAUAAUUCGUAUGGCCGAAGCUAGUGCAAAAAUGUAUUUACGAGAUCAUGUACAAGAAGGUGAUAUUAAUCUUGCCAUUAGAAUGAUUUUAGACAGCUUUGUUGAUACACAAAAAUACUCUGUUAUGAAAAGCAUGCGGCAGACAUUUCAGAAAUACUUAUCAUACAAGAAAGAUCAUAGUGAACUUUUGUAUUACAUACUUCGACAAAUUACAUUGGAUACAUUAGCAUUCCAAAAAGCCUUGCAUGGGAAUAGAAUUACAACUCUUGAAAUAUCGGAAAAAGAUUUAUUGGACAGGGCUAAACAGAUUGACAUACAUAAUUUACAUCCAUUUUAUGAAAGUGAUAUUUUUAAAACUAAUAAUUUUGUAUAUGAUUCUCGAAGAAAGGUAAUUAUUCAAACUCUUCCUGAAACUAUCGAUGACUGAGGAAUUCAUGAAAUAUUUAAUUAUUUUAAAUAAUACUUCAUAAUUUUUUUAUCAUGAAUG